CCCUCUCUGUCCCAAGCUGGCAAGCUCGGUUACUCCAAAGCGCUACGACCAUUUCUUGCAGCCACGACCAAAGCUAAUGGAGGGGCUCAUCCCGUUCAUCUACAAGGCCAUCAAGGAGAGGAAGACCCGGAGCUACUCAAGGUGCAGCUCCACCGGCUCGGCCCGCGGGUUCGGCGCCGGCGGCGUGGAAGACGGCGACGUGUGGGAGCAGAAGCAGUGGAAGGAUGGUGGCGUGGGGAGGGACCAGAUGACGCACCGGCGUCAUCGGUCGCUGGAGGAGCUCGCCGGCGAGGUGGGAGGGGCGGCGCCGGAGUGGCGCGCGGACGGCCGGAUGAGGAGGGGCAAAAGCUCCAGGAUCUUCUCCUGCAUCGGCGGCAUGUGAUUCGCUGCCUGGUGCGUCGGUACGUGCAAGUGCAAGCGUAGCGUACCGCGCGCGCAGGAUUGUGUGUUUUGAAUUGAUUAGCUCUACUUUGCCCCUUUCAAGAAAAAAUCUGUAAUUAUGAAGGUAUAAGAUGCAGGGUACUAGGGUAGAGUAGAAGAGUUCAUGUUGUUGUGUGUACUCCAAUCUCAAGUGUAUAUACAUGGGUUUUAUGAAGAUGUAAAUGAUGGUGUGUGUUUUUCAA